AUGGGAACCCCUUCAAAACUAGGCGCAAACCCCUCGAUGGCUGUACUUCAUCAAAAUGGUGGGAGCGGCUGUGGAGCAACACUUAUUGGCCCUAAGCAUGCCAUUACGGCUGCUCACUGCAUAACAAAUCGGGUUGCAGAUUACUCUGUCCGCGUAGGUUCUCUUGCUCGUUUUCGUGAUGGACAAGUAUCCCGUGUGUCCCGAAUCAAAAUCCACGAGCGAUAUAGGGAGGGCAGAAGCUUUGACAACGACAUUGCCCUUUUGAUAUUGGAAGAACCUAUCAGAGAAGGACAAAACGUUCGAUAUGCCAAAUUGCCAAAACAAGGGUCAGACAUGGCAGCCAACUCACAGGUGACGGCUGUAGGCUGGGGAAAUACAUAUCCCAACCCUAAGCAGGACAGUAGCUCUCGUACCUUGAUGGAGGUAACGAUUCCUGUCCAAGCGCGUAACGAUUGCCAGAAACUCUAUGGGGUACAACCGAUGACUGGUCAGUCGUCUAUUACUGAAAACAUGAUCUGUGCGGGUGGAAAUGGUGGAGAUUCAUGUUUCGGAGAUAGUGGAGGCCCUUUGUAUGAGGAGGCAACUGCCAGGAGUGUGAUUGUUGGUAUCGUGUCAUUUGGUGAAAGCUGUGGUGCACGCCAUUUUCCAGGAGUAUAUACCAGAGUUGCACAGUACAUUGACUGGAUCAAGGCUAAUGGUGCUGGCGGGCAAGGAGGGACCGACACUGUGGACGAAGGACAGCCCCAAAAUGAAGACCAAGACCAAGGGCUUGGUCCUGUGAAUGGCCACCCGGGUCGUCCGGUGGACCAAGGAGGUCGUCCUAUAAACGGCAACCCGGGUCGUCCGGUGGACCAAGGAGACCGUCCUAUAAACGGCAACCCGGGUCGUCCAGUGGACCAAGGAGGUCGUCCUAUAAACGGCAACCCGGGUCGUCCAGUGGACCAAGGAGGUCGUCCUAUAAACGGCAACCCGGGCCAUCCUGUGGACCAAGGGGGCGCUCGGCCAGUGAACGAAUGGCAAAAUCAUCCAUUUGACGAAGGCGAAGAGGAUAUUGUGAAUAUAUUAAAAGACCACCUAGAGAAGUGGGGGCGAGAUGGUGCGUUGGAUUAUUAG